AUGGCACGAGGAGCAGCCGGAAAAUUGAGACGCCGCAAUCGCAAACAAGAUGACGAACGUGUCAGUUCGGAUAUGUUUGGAGAUGAGGCAAAUGGCCAAGGGGAGUUUGAAGAAACCGGUGACAUGCCUUUGCCUCCAGGUAUGAGCGGAGACAAGGAAAAGGACUCGGAUGAUGAGGCCACCGAAGAAGAGGAUGAAGUCAUCAUGCCAAAGAAGAAGAAAAAGAGCAAGAAGAGCAAGUCUGCUAGCGAUGAGGAUGAUUACAUGAAAAUGCCAACAGCGCCCACAACAAAGAAGGGCCAAAUCAAGAGAACGCCUUUGAUCUUGUUGAUUCUAAUGACAGGAUCCACUCUUUUGCCCGCAUUGAUUUUUGCUAGUGAUUACCUUGGAGGUUUCAUGUCCAAGCACCAUGUCAUGGGACAAAUUGGUUUCCGUUUGGGGAUGGGGGGUGUCCCACGCAAGCGAGUUCUCAGUUUCUACGAGAAGCACGAUCCUGAAAAGAUUGAGAAUGUUCCAGACAUCUUGUCCAAGUACUAUGGUGAUUACCCCAAAAUGAUCAAGAAGCUCGAGCGCAAGUACCAAGACUAUGGUUACUUCAUGGGUUGGGAAGCAGACGAAGCACCUAUGGCUUUGGCGAUGGAACAACUGCAGGAGGGCUAUGAUACUUGGAUUCACAGCUACUGGAACGUCUAUGCUCCACAAGUGUUGAAGACAGGAGCUAGAAAUAUUCGUUACAAUCUGACAUUUUUGCACAAGAAGGUACACAAGGCGUGGAAGAAACAUAUCUGGCCUUCCCUGGAACCAAUUUUUGGAGUUCCCAAGGGGACUGAAAAGCAGAAGCGGGCUGAUGCUGCGGAAGCUAGACGGCGCCGGCAAGCAGGCUCUAGUGGUGGGAGCGGCGGAUCUGGAGGCACCAGAACAAGGCGCAGCGCGCAAUUCCGCGAUGACGUUGAUGAGUAA